GGAUUAUCGGGAGUGAUCCUCGGUCCUGCCACGACGCUCGUUUCCGCGAUCUGGUUCUCUCCCGGAGAACGCACAACUGCCACCGGAAUAUCCUCCGCUUGCAAUCAAUUGGGAAUGGCAGUUUCCUAUCUAAUUGGGCCGGCCGUGGUGGGAAGCACAGCUGCGUUUAAUUCUACCUCUUUAACGUGGAAACUGAGUUUCAGCGGGAGUACCAUUUUCGAUAAGACGCAUUCCGUGGCAUUGAGAGCGCAAAUUUUAUCUUUUAUGAGGAUCGAAUUCGUUGGUCAAUUUCUGAUCUUGACAGGCAUCUUGUGUUUUUUUCCUAAAGAACCCUGCUAUUCGGUCGCCUUUUCCAAAAUUUCCGAACGUAUUGGUCUCACAAAAUCGAUUCUACAUCUCCUGAGUUUUAGUGGGAUAAUUAACAGAGCUGCAAUUUAUUUUCCAAAGAGAUCACAUGCUCUGCACUCGAAUAUCAUCUAACUAAUGACAGACCAGAAACUAUUAUCUAUAGGAAUAAAAAUAUGUGGAGUCUCUGCUUGGCUGCUGCUCUUAGUCAAGGAGUGAGUGGACCUUGGUUGGCAAUGAUGCCAAUGACCUUUGGCUCUAGCAUCGCACAGGAAGAAGCGGACAGACUAGCUGUGUGGACGAUCAUUCUCAGCAGCGCUUUAAGUCUGACGGCGUCAUAUUUGGCGGACAUGUUUCAAGGUCACCUGAAGAUUGCUCUCCAUAUUCUGCUGACAAUCUCAUCGGCAAUGUUCCUUUGGGUACUACUGCUGAAUGAUCGAAUAUUGGCCAUUCAUAAAGGCGAGCUCUACACCGCGGUGAUCUUGGGGAUAUCAGCCAGUUGGUCAACUCCCGCCCUUUUCCUCGAGCUCGCCGCCGAGAUUGCGUUUCCGAUUUCUGAGGCCAUUGUCGGCGGCUACAUGAUCUUCUUGUCGAACCUAGUCGGCGCGCUUUUCUAUUUCUCGUACUUUCUGCCGUGGAUGAACGAACACUGGUCAACAUACUGCGUGUUCGGCAACGUUACGAUCGCGAUGAUUCUCGUAAGUUGUGUCAAAGAAGAAUACAAUCGCACAAAAAUAGAAUCCGAAGUCAACUGGCCAUCUCAGGAAGUAACAAGAAGCUGCCGGAAGUUUCGGCGAAAGAAAAUACGGAACUGAUCGAGAUAAUCGAUGCAAGUGCUAAUUCGUAACCGAUAACUAAUGGCGUCUUUAUUGGCGAAUACACAUCGAUGAAAACACAAACGUGAUUAUACUGAAAGUCAGUUUAUUG